UACUCCUCAAAAUCCACCUCCACCACACCGCUGCCACCCGGAGCCACAGCCUGGAAGAGACGACCUGCCAUUUGAGUGUAGGGUGGGUGUCGUGCUGACCCCUGAACCGGGAUUCACUAGACGGUACGCUUUUGGGGAAUCUGUCAAUUCGGGAUCUUGGGUCUCUUACUUCUCUGGAUUAUUAAAAAACAACAACAACAACACACAGCCAUGCCUGCAAGAACACCCACCCCAAUAAUCAAGAGGAGAAAGCCCACCAAAGUCAUCGUUGACAUAUCAAAUAUCUCUCAGGAUGAGUACGAGCCCGUGGUGAAGAUAUCCGAGUUUGACUUGGGAAGAAAGAUUGGCACGCCAAGGGACAUCAUGCUGGAGGAGUUGUCACUACUCAAGAACAAAGGCUCCAAGAUGUUCAAGAUGAGGCAGCAGCGGGUGGACAAGUUCAUCUACGAGAACAACCCCGACAUCUUCUAUGGCGACUCCAUGGACGAGUUGCAAAAAUUUGUCCCGACAGAAGGCGGUCAGAUGGGCAGCCAGACAAUACAUCUGGGCGGGUAUCUCCUCAGCAAGGAUACCAGUCAACAGCAUUAUGGAGGGAUGAUGUAUGGGGGAAGGGCCUCCAUGACCCAACCAAAGCCUGGGAGCAAGGGCGGAGAAGCUGGAGGAGCAGGAAGAGUCGGAGGAAGUGCGGGGGGACAAGGCGGAGGUCAGCAUGGGAAAGAUGGAUUACAUGGAGGGUCGGAUGGUGGAAAAGAUGAUGCAUCGAAGAAGACGCACCCGAAAACCUACAUAUCACCAUGGGAGAAGGCCAUGAAGGGUGAUGAAAGUUUGCUCGCCACCUUGAAAGGGUUCAUGCCCGGCCCUGUCCAUCAUAUUGAACUGCGCAAGUACAAAUGCUUCAACAGGACUGCCAUGCCCUAUGGCGGAUUUGAAAAGGCCCUACAGUUCAUGAAAUUCCAAAUGCCCGACACCCAGAAGAACAAAGUGGUAGUUUUGCCCACGCUGGAGUACGGGCACGACCUGAAGCUGCGACCUUCCUUUAACCGCACGCCCAUAGGCUGGAUGGGCAGCAGCGAGCCCUGUAGCAUCCAUGUGGAGCUGGACGGCGUGCCCUAUGACGGCGAGACCGAGGAGCUCUGAAGAAGCGGUUACUGUCACCCACUAAGCGCACGCAGACAAAAACCUAACAUGCUAAUACACGCUGGCAUGCACAGUCACGCUAGAUAAGCUUACAACUGUUGCUUUUUGUGAUGCGGUAAUGUUCAUGCUCGGAGAGGCAAAAGAACAAAACAUCUAUGGUCUCGAGAGAAUAAACAAUGGCAAUAUUUUGGACAACAUA